CUUUGUUUUGCAGCAACCUUUGGAAGUCAUUACGUCAUAUGAUUCACAUGCAAUUGAUGGGUCACAUUAUUGUGUUUGACAUCUUGUUUCUUGGCGCUGUUGACCGGACGGAUAACAAGAAUGCCUGUAUAUUUGUUUCAGUCGCGAUGCAUUUUGAGCUUUUAUGUAUCUUUAUGUGGAUGAUGUCCGAGGCUGUUUUUCUCGUUUUUAAAGUUGUCAAGAAAACACCAAGCCGAUACAACAAGUUUAAGUUCCACUUUUUGGUAGCGUAUACGGUGCCGAUUCUUAUCGUUCUAACGGCAGUGAUUUUAGGCCGCAGCCACUAUACAGCUGGAGAUUUGUGCUUGCUGGAUGGUAGCGGAAAGUGGGCUGUAGUAAUUCCAAUGCUUGGCAGUGUGCUGAUUAAUAUGAUUAUAUUAUUAAAGAUGUUAAUUAUAAUAUACUCUCGAGCGGGACCUAUGACGCAAAAGUCUGAAAAACUUCAAACGGAGUAUAAACAACUCAGAUCUACAGUGAAGGGCGUUUUGAUGUUGGUCCCUAUUCUUGGUGUCACCUGGAUUAUUGGGCCAUUUGCUGCUAUAACCAACAGCCUUUUUCUAAUCUAUCUUUACGCGAUCCUAAACUCUUUACAAGGCGUAUUCAUAUUUAUCUGUUAUUGCUUAUUGGACCAAAAGGUAAGUUGUUCUUUUGUAAUUUUUCAAUUGUUGUUUUUGUGAAAUUCUCACAAGUAAAUGCCGUAUUUAUUCGAAUGAACGCCCCGCUUUGAAUAAAAGGCCCUUUCAAAUAAAAACGCCCCGAGUUAAAUAAACUCCCCCACCGCCUAAAUAAUUGUAAACAAAUCUAGUAGAUGUAGCAUCAUUCUUAAAACAUUCUAUUAAGGUUCUACUCCAGUACAAUCACAUUUUUUUCUAACCUGGUUGGUAUCAUUAAGUCUUUGUGAUCACGCAAUAACACAUUUUGACGGUAAUGUUUUAGUUAUACGUUUACAGUGAAAUUAAGGGGCGUUUAUUAGAGUAUGUACGUAUCCACUUUACACCAACCAUAUAAACGCCUCCCUCAAAUAAAUGCCUCCUCCGAAUAAACGCCCCUCAAAAACCCUUCACAACAAUAAACGCCCCUGGGCAUGAUGAUGAUAAUGAUAAUUAACUAUAAAUAUAGUAGUACAGCAGCAGCAGCACUAAUCACAUAGUAGCAUAUAGUACUAGCAACAGCAACAAUAAUAAAGCAAUAAUAGUAUUAAAAGACAUAACAGCAAGAAAUAUUAACAUAAAAUACCGUACUCGCGCGAAUAAGAA